AUGAAGCAGAUAAAAUGCAAUACGUUGGAAGAGCCUUUGGAACCAUGUCCAGGACAUGGAAAACAGGCGACCCUUUCAGGAGCAAUAGAUGUUAUAGUUAUUGAGCAGGCAAAUGGGGAUCUUGCAUGUUCACCCUUUCAUGUACGAUUUGGAAAGUUUUCUAUGCUUCGUCCUUCAGAUAAGAAGGUAACUUUUAGAGUGAAUAAUGAGAUUGUCCAUUAUUCAAUGAAAUUGGGAGAUGAAGGGGAUGCAUUCUUUGUUUUUAGCACGGAAAGUGAAGUUCCAGAGGAGUUAAAGACGUCACCGGUUAUUUCACCGUCUAGUAGUCCACAAUCAAGUGAGGAGCAAAGUCUUCAAGAACCAGAUGAAUUUGAUUUAGGAGAGCAGAAUAAUCGGAUAUCUAAGGAAGGAAUUCUUGCACGACUUGAGGAUUUAAGUUGUAAUAAUACAGGACAAACGAAUCUUUCACGUUUAGGUCAUGAAGCAUGGGAUACAAUAUCUAUCGAUACAUCAUCAAAUUUAGCUGCAGAUACCCCUAAAGGACAUUUGUUAUCAUCGGAUGUUUCGGAUUCAACGUCUCAGAAGACGAAUCAUGAAUUACUUUCAGACAUGAAUAUUUCUCAAUCUUCAAUUGAUUUGGAGGAAGCACGUCUUAGUGCUAUUAGACGUGCGUCUGAGCUUAGUAAAAGACUUUUGACUAGGGAUAUUCCUACACAUAUUACGGACAAUGGGGAAGCAGAAGCAAUUGUUCGACGUAUUCUUUCUGAAUUAGAUAUCAAUCCAGCAGAAUUAGAACAUCUUAUUUCUUCUGAUUCAUAUGGAAAUAUCUGGAUUUAUGCAAGUGAAGAUUCAAAAGAGGAUGCAAUAAAUAGAAGAUCUUUGUCAACAAGUACUGAUAUAUUUUCUAAUAAUAAUCUUAAUGAUCUAUCCAAGAUUUCUUUGGAAUCGGUGCCUAAUUUAGAAUCUGAAAUUAAAUCGCCUACUGAUAGUACAACUACACAUGUAAAAACACUUCGUCUUACUUCAGAACAAUUGAAAUCACUUAAUCUUCAAUUGGGAAGAAAUUCUAUUUCGUUUAGCGUUAACAAAGGAAAAGCGACUGUCUCGGCGAACCUUUAUUUCUGGAAACAUAAUGUAUCAGUCGUUAUUUCUGAUAUUGAUGGGACAAUUACAAAAUCAGAUACACUUGGUCAUGUAUUAACAAUUAUUGGCAAAGAUUGGACACAUCCGGGUGUUGCAAAACUGUAUUCUGAUAUUUAUAAUAAUGGUUUUAAUAUAUUAUACCUUACAAGUCGUUCUGUAGGACAGGCAGAUUCUACUCGAGAUUAUCUUAAAAAAAUCGAACAAAAUAGGCAUAAAUUACCUUUAGGCCCUGUUAUUCUUUCACCGGACAGAACUAUGGCUGCUUUGCGAAGAGAAAUGAUCUUUAGAAAACCAGAAGUUUUUAAAAUAUCUUGUUUAAGAGAUUUACAUAAUGUUUUUGGAAAAGAUUCAAAUCCAUUUUAUGCAGGAUUUGGAAAUAGAAUAACAGAUGCUUUAUCUUAUCAAUCAGUUGGCAUUCCUCCUACACGAAUUUUUACUAUUAAUUCUUAUGGAGAAGUUUAUAUGAAAUUCUUAGAAUUUGCAGGUUAUAGAAGCAAUUAUAUUUCUAUGAACGAUCUUGUAGAUCACUUUUUUCCACCACAAAGCGCUUCUUUAUUUCAAAUUAAACAUCUAGAAUUUAUCGACACUUUAUUUUGGCGCAAUCCACUUCCUAAUAUUUACGAUUCUGAUGAUGCAAUAGAAACAACCCCUGAUGAUCCAAACCCUGAUGAUGAUUUAGAUGUAUAUUUUGACGAACAUUAUGUUCAUAUCGAUAUAUGA